AUGGAUGUGGAGGCCUCUUCUUUAUCGCAGGCUAAUCAAAGACAGGUGCGCUUGCACCUUACGACCAGAGAUGGCGAUAUCGCUCUGCCAGAGAGUACUGGGCCAAUUCUCGUCCCAACUGGCCUACGAAGAUAUGCGCUGUCGACUUUGGUAAAUAAUCUUCUCGGAAAUGACAAACCAAUUCCACUCGAAUUUCUUGUGAAUGGCACAUAUCUACGAACAUCCAUUGAUGAGUACCUAACGGCAAAUGGCAUAUCUGCAGAAACAACACUUGAAGUGGAGUAUGUGCGAGCUCUUAUACCGCCACUUCAUAUCGCAUCUUUCCUGCAUGACGAUUGGGUUAGUUCGGUCGAUGUUUUGUCGGCUACAUCUGUUACUGGCGAGAGUGUGGCGGCAGGACAAGAAAGGAUUCUGUCAGGUAGUUAUGACGGCCUUUUACGGAUGUGGAAUAUGUCUUCACAGACUAUUGCUGUUUCACCGGAUGCUUCUGAAGGGGGACAUACGGCGUCAAUCAAAGCGGCAAAAUUCAUAUCCCCUACACAGCUUGCUUCGGCAGGCCUUGAUCGAACUGUUCGAGUAUGGAAAUACGCCGAAGAGGAAGACGGAUCGAUGACUCGUAUCACACCACAACUUGAACUCUAUGGACACAAGUCCGGCAUAAACUCUCUCUCCGUACAUGCGCCUUCGAACAGAAUGCUUUCUGCUUCAUCAGAUCACAGUGUCGGUUUCUGGUCAACUCGCAAAUCAGAUGCUCCCACUGCUUUAGCAGAGUUACUUCCUUCAAACACUGCAAGAAGCUCCAAACGGAGGAAAUUGAACUCGUCGGUGAGCACUCCACAACGGGGUCCGCUCGUACUUUUGUCGUCACAUACCAGCCCAGUCUCCGCUGCCAUCUUUGACGCAAAGGAUUCGACAGUCGGCUACUCCGCAUCCUGGGAUCACUCAGUUCGUACCUGGGAUCUCGUCACAUCGGCUCUUGUUGAUACUCGCUCUACUUCCCAUCCAUUGUUAUCUCUCGAACACCUCCCUGAACUCCAUCUUUUGGCAGCUGGGACAUCUGCUCGACAUAUCACACUUAUAGAUCCGCGAGCCUCUGCCACUUCUGUUUCGGUAAUGACUUUACGUGGUCAUACUAAUGCUGUUGUGACACUUGCCCGUGAUCCGAAUAGCACUUAUGGGCUUAUCAGUGGAAGUCACGACGGCACAUGUCGCAUCUGGGACGUCAGGUCUACCAAGACCGAUAAAGAGGGUGUUGUUGGAAAGGAUAUCUACUCCAUAAGUCGCAAAAGUUUGGAAGAAUCGGGACGGGAAGGCUCGAAACGAAUAGGCGGAGAUGGUAUUAAGGUGUUUGGUGUAUGCUGGGAUCGUUCCGUUGGCAUUGUGAGUGCUGGUGAAGACAAGAGAUUACAAAUCAAUCGUGGAGAGGGUGUUUUACAGAAAGACUCCUCGAAACGAGGAAUGUAG